AUGAAGGAGUUUCAUCUUGCCAGUGAGGAGUUGAAACUCAGCUGUUGCUGUAACUGUUGGUUGCUUUUUCAUGGUAUAUCACCAGCUUUCGCAGGAAUCCAGGGGAUGGUGAGACCUUUGCACUAUUCAGAAGAUUUUACUGGAACAACCGGCAAUGAGGAACUAGUAGCGAUGUCUUCGGUUUGGAAUGACGACACGGAACCAUGA